CACAGAUACCGCAAGUCAGUGGAAGAAUUACAGAAGAACUCGGAUAAGAAAGUUGCCCUGUUGACCAAUGCUACCAAGAAGGCAGAAACUAUUGUAUGUAUGAUCUUUAUAAUUCUUAGUGUUGGGAAAAAGUGGUGAGAGUUUCGAAGCAAUCAGUAACUCUAUCCUUUGUCGAAGCGAGUGUUCAUGUUCUUAGCUUAACAUUAAUCUGAGGAAGUUGAACCUUCACAAAAUAGAAUAAACACCCGCUAAUAAGAACCUGUGGAUUAAGGACCUGCUGGCAGAAAUUUGGCAUUUUAAUACCCAAAAAUGUAAGAACCUGUUUAGCCAAGAAAAAUCAAGCAGGUUCUUGUAUCUGUCUUACAGGUAGAUACUGUAAAGAUAAACAUUUUGACCAAGGAGUUUGACUUCGAGAUUGCCAAGUGAUAUUACAAGAAGGUACUCACACCAAACUGUAAUUACAGAUAGGAGUAUUACUGUAGUUCAUACAACGAAAAAAAAGUUUAUAAAAAGUACAGAUUGUAAUUGUCUUCAUGAUGUUUGCAUGAAGGUUUGCAAUGUACAGUUGUAUUUAAGGACCAAACUCUCAAGUUUCGCAAUUUUUCUGGUAGUCAACAAUUAUAAUAUCUCCUUCAUAGAAAUGAAGAACCUAAUAAAGAACGUUCUUAGCCUAAAUUACUAAUAACUACCCCCCCAAAAAAGAGCCUUUUUUGCCAGGCCUCAAAUAAUGUAGGUUCUUAUUAGCUGGUGUUUACUCUUCCGUGCAUUUUCUACCCCUCAAUUCGCAAAAAUGAACGUUCACAGUUUUGUUUAUCAUCCUCUUAAAAAUUUUCCGUUUGAGAUUGGGCGAGAUUAGUACAAUAAUAAUAUGGCGUGAAUGCUCUACUUUGCAACACACGGAUUUCGACUGAGCGUGCUCCGUCCUUGUCAACGAUCUCAAGUGCUCAACGAAUUAAAACUAUGGAACAAGCUCGAGUUGGAUGAAUUAACUGCUGUGAAAGACAGUUUCAAACUUACUUCCACCCAGAUGCUCUCUAUUGGCCCGUCACUUGAAGAUAACGUCAACAUUGGUCUAGCGAUGGUAGAACCUUUAGUGCAACCAUUUACGUUUAAUGGCGUUCGCCACGUUUCAUCAAGCGCCGCGUUUGGUUUACGUUCUACAGUGUAGAAGAUUUCCUGUGCAAAUGCCUUGUUUACAUGCACAUAUUAAUCGAGCCAAUGUUACUUCUUUUUAAAUGUAAACUUUACUCACUCCUUCUAUAGAUCAACAACCAAAAGGAACAGAUCACUAAACUGCAAUCAAAGCUGGAUAACCUGACCAACGCAGUUGCUGAUAUGAAAGCCCGUAUGGAUCCACUCAAUAAGGAAGUGAUGGAGCGCCAUGUUAUCGGUCUUUGCAUUGAAAUAGUUUUAAUUCUUCUU